ACAAACAAUUGAUCAAAUAUGUCAAAAUCAUUUUCAUUUUAUUCGUUUUCUAGUCAUGCAAUUUUCAUCAACUACCUUAGCUAAAAGAUACAAGAUAAAAAGAUGGGAUUAAUCAUUAUUUAUCAAAUUUGUAAUUCAAAUUUUACAGAGAACUUCUUGCAAUUAUAUUAAACCAUCCCCUCAGGUUUCAUACAUUGACCAAAUCAUAUUUGGCCUCUGAUACUAAAAGAUAUAUCUAUAUACUCAAGCAGAAUAUAUCAGUGCGAUUUGAUAGAUUCUUGCUUUAUUCAGAACAGAAAGGAAGAGAAGAAGAGCAAAAUCAUGGAAGAAGAAACACUUGAAAUCAGAGCACCUCUUAUAACCAAAGAUGAGAAAAUUGAAGAUUAUAAUGACACCCCACCAUCCUCAUCUGCAAAUUCUAAACAAGAAAUAUACCAGCAGCUACAAGAAACAGAAGAGAACUCACCAGUCAAACAAGUUGCCUUAACGGUGUCUACAACGGAUGAUACUUCUCUACCUGUCCUCACAUUUAGAAUGUGGUUUUUGGGCGCCAUUUCUUGUAUCUUAUUAUCAUUUCUUAACCAGUUCUUUUGGUAUCGCACAGAGCCUCUAUCAAUCACAGCAAUCUCUGCUCAGAUUGCUGUAGUGCCUCUUGGUCAACUAAUGGCUGCCAAGAUCACCGAUAGAGUUUUCUUCAAGGGAACUAGAUGUGAAUUCACAUUGAAUCCUGGACCAUUCAAUGUCAAAGAACAUGUUCUUAUUACCAUCUUUGCAAACUCUGGGGCUGGAAGUGUUUAUGCCAUUCAUGUUGUUACUGUUGUUAAGGUGUUCUAUAAGAAACAUAUCACCUUCUUUGUUUCUUUUAUUGUUAUUAUCACAACCCAGGUGUUGGGGUUCGGAUGGGCUGGGAUAUUUAGGAGGUACUUAGUGGAACCAGCAGCUAUGUGGUGGCCAGCAAAUCUUGUUCAAGUUUCAUUAUUCAGGGCUCUGCAUGAGAAAGAAGAGAGGCCUAAAGGUGGUGUUACUCGUAUACAAUUCUUUCUAAUAGCCUUCAUAUGCAGCUUUGCCUACUAUUUUUUUCCAGGCUACCUCUUCCAAAUGUUGACAUCCCUUUCUUGGAUUUGCUGGAUAUUUCCCCAGUCUGUCCUGGCUCAACAACUGGGUUCAGGACUUUAUGGUCUUGGAAUUGGUGCUCUUGGCAUUGAUUGGUCCACUAUCUCCUCUUAUCUUGGGAGCCCACUUGCCAGUCCAUGGUUUGCCACAGCUAAUGUGGCUGCAGGAUUCAUCGUUGUCAUGUACUUUUUAACACCAUUAUCCUAUUGGCUUAAUGUCUACAAGGCCAAAACCUUCCCUAUAUUUUCAGAUGAUCUAUUUACAUCGACAGGGCAGGAGUAUGACAUUUCAUCUAUUAUUGAUUCCAAUUUCCAUCUUGACAUUGCUGCUUAUGAAAAGGAAGGACCCCUUUAUCUUAGCACAUUUUUUGCAAUGACUUAUGGCGUUGGUUUUGCUGCACUUACUGCUACUAUUGUACAUGUUGCUCUCUUUCAUGGAAGGGAGGUAUGGGAACAGAGCAAAGCAAGCUUUAAAGAGACAAAAAUGGACAUACAUACAAAACUGAUGAGGAAGUACAAGCAAGUUCCUGAAUGGUGGUUCCUAUGCAUACUUUUGGCCAACAUUGCAGCCACUAUCUUUGCUUGUGAGUAUUAUAAUGAGCAGCUCCAAUUGCCAUGGUGGGGUGUUUUGCUGGCUUGUGGAAUUGCCAUUGUUUUCACUCUUCCCAUUGGCAUCAUCACUGCCAUCACAAAUCAGACACCAGGUUUGAACAUCAUCACUGAGUAUGUAAUUGGGUAUAUCUACCCAGGAUAUCCAGUUGCCAACAUGUGCUUCAAGGUGUAUGGAUACAUAAGUAUGACACAGGCCAUUACUUUUUUGCAAGACUUUAAACUUGGCCAUUACAUGAAGAUUCCUCCAAGAACAAUGUUCAUGGCACAGAUUGUGGGAACAAUCAUUGCCUGUUUAACAUAUCUGGGCACUGCAUGGUGGCUAAUGGAAACGAUCCCAGAUAUCUGUGAGACAACAGCCUCCAACAGUGUCUGGACUUGUCCGAGCGACACAGUGUUCUACGAUGCAUCUGUGAUAUGGGGUUUGAUUGGACCUAGAAGAAUUUUCGGAGAUUUAGGCACGUAUGAAGCAAUCAAUUGGUUCUUCCUAGGUGGAGCAAUUGCACCAAUACUUGUAUGGUUAGCUGCUAAGGCAUUCCCUCACCAAGAAUGGAUUAGACUCAUUAACAUGCCAGUGCUAAUAGGGGCAACAGGAAUGAUGCCACCAGCUACAGCAGUUAACUACACAAGCUGGAUAAUUAUGGGUUUUCUUUCUGGGUUUGUUGUGUAUAGGUAUAGGCCAGACUUAUGGCAAAGAUAUAAUUAUGUGCUUUCUGGGUCAUUGGAUGCUGGGCUUGCCUUCAUGGGAGUGCUAAUAUAUCUUUGCUUGGGGAUAGAAGAUAUUAGUGUUGACUGGUGGGGAAAUGAUCUUGAUGGUUGCCCCUUAGCUACUUGCCCAACAGCCCAAGGAGUUGUUGUUGAUGGCUGCCCUGUUUUCAGCUAGAGAUAAAACUUGUUGUCACUUUGCAUAUAAACCUUUUGUUCUUGAAUUUAGUUAGACAGGUUAGAUUAUAAAAGCAAACAUUUUUAUUACAA